GGCUGGACAGCGGGCAUCGGGUCACCAGGCAUCAGGUCAUUUGGCUCGACAGCGGGCACCGCGUCAUCUGGCAAGGCAGUGGGCUCCGAGUCAAUUGGUAUGACCGCGGGCACUGGGUCAGACAUUGGAUCGUCUGGCUGGACAGCGGGCAUCGGGUCACCAGGCAUCAGGUCAUUUGGCUCAACAGCGGGCACCGCGUCAUCUGGCAAGACAGUGGGCACCAAGUCACCAGGCACGACAGUGGGCUCUAAGUCAAUUGGCACGACAGCGGGCACCGGGUCAUCAGGUACCGGAUUGUCUGGCUCGACAGCGGGCAUCGGGUCACCAGGCAUCAGGUCAUUUGGCUUGCCAGCGGGCACCGCGUCAUCUUGCAAGGCAGUGGGCACCGGGUCACCAGGC